AUGGCUUCUAACACGUGUUUCUCCCUCUUCGCCACCAUAGCUCUCCUCCUCGUCCUCAACAUCUCCGGUAGGACACUCCCGACCACGGCGAAUCCCACCAACAUAGCGGCAAGGCUUAACGGAGGAGGACUGAUGGAGUGUUGGGAUGCUCUCUACGAGUUGAAAUCAUGCACCAACGAAAUCGUUCUAUUCUUCCUCAACGGCGAGACCAAACUCGGCGACGGUUGCUGUCACGCCGUCGACGUCAUCACCAUAAACUGUUGGCCGUCGAUGCUAACUUCUCUUGGUUUUACAUCUGAAGAAACCAACGUCCUCCGUGGGUUCUGUCAAUCUCCAAACCACGGUGGUGCUUCUCCGGCUCCUUCCCCUGUAAAACUUUGA